CGUGAGUCUUGCCGAUGGCAUUUGGCUUGGCAUUGUUCGUUUGUCUUGUGUCUCGUUCAUAGCGUUUUCUUGCUUGUUCAGCGUGUUAACAUCACAACUAUCUACUGUUAUUUAUAUUAUUUUAUCGGAUUAAAAAUAAAUUGUUUUUUUUUUUUUUCGUGAAUAUUGAAAACUAAAGUAAGCCCAGAUAAUCCCAGUGAUUCUGUGAUCGAUUAACGUGCAAAUAAUUAUGGAAACGAGCAACGACGGUGUUCUCAAGGAAUUGAGCGACAACAAAACCGGUGUUCCCGAGGGUAUCGGCAUUGCCGAAGAUUCUGGAUUCGCAAGCAUCGCUGGUUCGAUUGCUGACUCUUCUUCGAAAGAUGAUUCAGUCGCAGUUCCUAUUGCUCAAGAUGUCAAAUUCCUUCCGAUUGACGUUGAGCAAAUGGCUGUGGACAAAGGGAAAAAGCGUAAAAAUCUUUUUAUCGAUGAAGCCAAGAAAAAAGCAGAAGAGGAAUAUAACAAUCAACAGCGUGAACAAACUUACAAGCGGCUCAUGCACCUGUUAACUAAAAGCCAAUUUUAUUCUUCUUAUAUCAUUGAUAAAAUCAAUUCGACCGAUUCUACUAAAUCCAAUAAAAAGGGCAGACUGGCAUCGAAACGGAAAGUUACUCAAGAGAGCGAUGAAAAUGUUGAACCUGGUGCUUCUACUGUUUCCAAACGACCUCAGAGAACUACUCGAGGGAACAAAAAAUAUGAUAUAACGGAAUAUGUAUCAGCUGAUAUGAAAAAAAAAUUAACUACUCAAAAAAAAAAAAAGAUGAAUCUCAGUCAGGAGGAAAUUGAGUCCGACUUAAAUUCCCAGUCCGAUUCCGAAGAUAAGGAUGAGAUUGAAGCAGAGUUUAAAAAUCCGACGUAUUUUCAAGGCAUUUUGCGCGAUUACCAACAAGAGGGUUUAAAAUGGUUAAAAUUGUUGUACGAGAACGGCGUAAACGGAAUUUUAGCGGACGAAAUGGGUCUGGGAAAAACGAUUCAAGUAAUAGCUCUCUUUUGUCAUCUUCUGGAGAGACGUCAAGAUGGCCCUUACUUAAUUAUUGCACCACUUUCGACCAUACCGAAUUGGAUUUCGGAGUUCGAGAGAUUCGCUCCAAAUUUACCGGUCGUUUUAUUUCACGGAAGCCAGGAAGCUCGCGCCGCAGCAAUGAAAAAAUUCAAAGUCAAACAUAAAGUUACCGAAACGUACUACACCUACCCCAUCCUCAUUACGACUUACGAGUACCCAAUAAGGGAAAGAUUGUUCAUGUCCAAAUUCAAAUGGAGAUAUAUCGUUGUCGACGAAGGUCAACGCAUUAAAAAUCACAAGUGUUUGCUUGUCAGGUCAUUGGAGUGUCUCAAAUCAAUGAAUCGGCUUUUGCUCACUGGAACACCUCUCCAAAAUAAUUUGGACGAACUAUGGUCACUUUUGCAUUUUCUUCUACCUGAAAUAUUCGACGAUCUCGCAGUAUUUCAGUCGUGGUUCGAUGCGGAAGAGCUUCAAAAGAACGACGGUACAGAAAAAGUACUGAAGCAAGAGCAAGAAAAGCACGUACUUUCGACACUUCGUGAAAUUCUUAAGCCUUUCAUGCUGAGAAGGGAAAAAUCCGAUGUUUGUCUCGAUAUACCACCGAAAAAGGAAAUGAUCGUUUACGCGCCCCUUACUGAGCUGCAACACGAUCUCUAUGCCGCUGUGUUAAAUCACGAUCUCCAAGCGUUGUCCAAAAUCGAUGAAAAAAAUUUGGCGCUCUCGGAAGGCCCGGCUCUGCCGAAAAGACGUUGCAGAAUGAGGAACAAAUAUUGCUCGGAAUACGUCGACGUGUAUGCGACUGCGGAUGGAAAUUCCUCUCGUUCCACAUCACCGUUCGACGAUGACAAUGAUGAGAAUUAUGAUUGGUAUCGGCGGACGCCAGAGAUUGAUUCUAGCGCCAAUACAAUUGCAGGCGAGAAAAAGUUAGAUAUUUGGCGACAAUACACCAACAUAAAUGAACGUAAUUGUGAAUUCUUCAUUCGCCUUCGCUUCGGCAAUAACGGAUUAAUGUACAAACAAAUCGUGAACCAUCCGUAUCUACUUCACUGUCCUUUGGACGCAUCCGGUCAGCCGGAAAUAAGUGAAAACUUGGUGAAAGCUUCAGGCAAGCUAUUAGUCCUUGACGCCAUGCUAAAAAAACUCAAAGCUCAAGGUCACAAAGUAUUGCUCUUUUCCACGAUGACAAUGAUCCUCGACCUUAUUGCUGAUUAUCUCAACCUGAGACCGUGGCAGUUCCGGAUGUUGGAUGGCAGACAGGCUAUCGAAGUUCGUCAGGAAAACAUCAAAGCGUUCAAUGAAGAUCCAGAUGUAUUUCUGUUUCUGAUAUCCACCAGAGCUGGAGGCGUUGGCUUGAAUCUCGCGGGUGCUGAUACCGUCAUCAUUUAUGACAGUGAUUGGAAUCCUCAAUGUGAUCUCCAAGCGAUGGCACGUUGUCAUAGAAUUGGUCAAACACGACCAGUGGUCGUAUAUCGCUUGUGCACCAAAGGAACAAUAGACGAAAGAAUAAUAAACCGCGCUGCGGCAAAACGAAAACUCGAGAAAAUAAUUAUCUCGAAGGAAACAAAUAUGGAAUUGAAAGAUGCUAACACCCUGCUCGAACUCAAGCGUUUGUUGGAGACGAACGAGAGUGAAAUUGUUUCGGCUGAGAAAGAGGUUUACACAGAAGCGGAGCUCGACAAAAUAUUAGACAGGAGCGAUCUCGUUUGGCCAGUUCCUAAAGAAAAGUCUCAAAGUGCGGAAACUGCAAGUUCUUUGUGACAAUUACAGAAAAUUUCUAGCAAAAGUAUCGUCAGAAAGUGCACUGUGAUUGUUUCUCGUUUAUAAAAUAUUGCACUUCAAUGUAUUUAUUUGAUAGUAUUAUUCUUCGUUGCUAAUUUAAAACCAAGUACAAUUUUCUAUUUUUUAAGUCAACGUAACAAUACUCUUUUUUGUGUGUAUAAUUUAUUAAAGAAACGAUACGAGAUUCAA